CUCUACAACAUAGCACGAUCUUAUCACUAUCUUAGAACACAACACUUCACCAAACGCGCCCACACGGAACCUCACACACACACACCAUCUACAAAUUAAUAUCUUAUUCAUCUCUUUUCUUUUCACACCACACUACAAAUUCACACACACUCUCCCUUCAAACCAAAACCAAGACCAACAACAACAAAAGACGAUGUCGGUGAAGGAGUGCGACCACCACAAGGGAAAGAAGAGGAAGAUUUUCCGGCGAGUGUUCUGGGGCAUAGUGGUCUUCCUCUUCCUUGUAUUGGUCGCUAUUCUUCUCAUAUGGGCAAUCCUAAGACCAACCAAACCCACCUUCACUCUCCAAGACGUCACCGUUUACGCCUUCAACGCCACCGUCGCCAACUUUCUCACAUCCAAUUUCCAAAUCACGCUCAUCUCGCGCAACCCUAACGACCACAUCGGAGUCUACUACGACCGCCUCGAAACCUACGUCACUUACCGGAGCCAGCAGGUGACCUUCCGCACCUCCAUCCCCCCCACCUAUCAGGGCCACAAAGAGGUCAACGUUUGGUCUCCGUUUGUCUACGGCACCAACAUCCCCGUCGCGCCCUUCAACUUCCUCGGCCUCAGCCAGGACCAGGCGGCGGGUAACGUCCUCGUCACCGUCAAAGCUAACGGCAGGGUCCGCUGGAAGGUCGGCACCUUCAUCUCCGGCCGCUACCACCUCUACGUCCGCUGCCCCGCCUUCAUCUCCUUCGGCCCACGCAGCAACGGCGUCGCCGUCGGCGAAAACGCCAUGAAGUUCCAGAUCCUCCAACGGUGCUCCGUCAGCGUUUAAACUCACUCACUCACACACACCACAAAAAUUUACCAACUCAUUCUCUGACACACUCUUUCAAACACACUUUUUCAUCGGAAAAAAAAAAAAACUUACGUACAGUAUUAUGAAUACCAUUGAUGUUGUUCUUCGAUUGUGUUCGGAGUUUCGCUUUUUACAAUGCAUUUAGAUCGGAAAACAACAUCAACAAUACUGUAAACAAGUUUUACGCUUUUAUUACCCAAAAAAUAAAAAAACUAAAUUUAGUGAUGUACAUUAUUUUACAUCAAUAAUUUAGUGACGAGCUUUUUAAAAAAUAUAAGCACAAUGUUCCGUCACUAGUUUUAAAUUUUUUUGAAAAUAUCACAAUUUUAAAUCUCUUAACAUGUUGAAGAUGUUACCGGUAUAUAUUUCAAUCAAUGAAAGAAUAAUGAAAAGUGUGUUAAAAGAAUUAAUGUAUGAGAAUUACGUUGGUAAUAUUCUGUACUUUUAUACGUAUGUAUGUAUUCUUCCACUGUUGUUACUGUACGUAAAGUCGUGUAUGAAUCGGUCACUAGAUGUUUUUGUUUUCUACGUUUUGCUAUGUGAAACAGACCAAAGAGUCGGAUAUAGCAAAACCAGAAGAUGCAACAAGGAGAUUAAAUGUAAUGUUGAGGUACGAUGGCAAUAAAAUUUGUUGUUUCAAUUUGGAUAAGAAAUGAGAGUGAUGAAGCAUGGAUUCUGAGUCA